AUGGGUGUGGGUGGGACUCUGGACUACUUGUCCGAGCUUCUCGGCGGCGGCGGCCGGCGCCGGAGCUACAAGCAGAAGAGGAAGCAGUUCCAGACGGUGGAGCUCAAGGUCCGGAUGGACUGCGACGGCUGCGAGCUUAAAGUCAGGAACGCCCUCUCCAGCAUGAAAGGGGUGCAGUCGGUGGAGAUCAACCGGAAGCAGUACAAGGUGACGGUGCAGGGGUUCGUGGAGCCGCACAAGGUGGUGAAGCGGGUGCAGGCCACCGGGAAGAAGGCCGAGAUCUGGCCAUACAUCCCCUACAACCUCGUCGCGCACCCCUACGCCGCGCAGACCUACGACAAAAAGGCGCCCCCGGGCUACGUGCGCAAGGUGGACGCCGUCAUGCCCGUCGCCAGCUACGGCGGCCCCGGCGCCGGCCCCGCGCAGGAGGAGCGGCUCACCACCAUGUUCAGCGACGACAACCCCAACGCCUGCUCCGUCAUGUGA